AUGAUUUACCUGACAGUGCUGGAGGAUAUUGCUUUUCCAGUUGAAUUUGCUUGGGGUGCAGCUACAGCAGCAUAUCAAAUUGAAGAAGGCUGGAAUGCAGAUGGAAAGGGCCCUAAUGUCUGGGACAUAUUCACUCAUCAGGGAGGAGAUCGAGUUUUCAAGAACCAGACUGGUGAUGUAGCUUGUGGCAGCUACACUCUGUGGGAGGAAGAUUUGAAAUGUAUCAAACAGCUUGGAUUGACUCAUUAUUGCUUUUCUCUUUCCUGGUCACGUCUGUUACCUGAUGGGACGACAGGUUUCAUCAACCAGAAAGGAGUCAAUUCUUACUGCAAAACCAUUAUGGACCUGGGAAAUGGCAUCCUGCUCCCUGUAUCAGUUUGGUUUGCCUUAAUCCUUAAAAAACAGGGGAUCAACAUCAAUAUUAAUGUAAAUUAUUGCUUCAUAACAUUUGGAGGUUGGCUGGUCAUUACUAAUGGGCCUUAUAUUGCUUUGAUGGUUGUUUAA